AACAGUAGGGGGACGAAGUUGUAAAACUCCCGAGAAAGAGGGAGCUACUCUGCAAGCCUGCUGAAAGAGGAACAUACUCAAAACUUACUCUAAAAAUAGAAACCGAAGCAAAUGUAAACGUCAAUCCUCCGACAUCUACAUGUACUGGAAUACUUUUUUUGUAAUGUUGAUAAUAUAUUCUAUGUGAAGAAAGUAUUUAUACCUAACUUUUUUUCUAUUUGCACUAACUAACGGUACUUCAAAACUACUGAGAAUCUUUAUUUUUUACAAAAAGAAAAAAAGGAUCACACCCUGUGGAAGGACACCACUUCUACAAAACCAGCACUUUUGUUUUUGAACCUGUUUCAACCAAGUUCUAGUUCCUUUUGCCUGGUGCCAGUCCAACACCUCAUCCUGCCUGGAGAGCCUCUGUGUUGCCCACCACGGAUAAACAAAGCAGACCCAGUGGACACAUUCAAGGUCAGACGCACCCAAUCUUGACACACCUGGUAAACUUCAGCAGUUAGCUAUGCAGCUUGAAAUCCAAGUAGCUCUCAACUUCAUCAUCUCGUACCUGUAUAACAAGCUGCCAAGGCGGCGGGUCAACAUUUUCGGUGAGGAGCUGGAGCGGCAGCUGAAGCAGAAAUACGAGGGACAUUGGUACCCGGACAAGCCAUACAAGGGCUCAGGAUUCAGAUGCAUCCACGUUGGGGAGAAGGUGGACCCUGUGGUGGAGAAGGCAGCCAAAGAGAGCGGGCUGGAUAUUGAUGAUGUCCGCAACAACCUGCCCCAGGACCUCAGCGUGUGGAUCGACCCCUUUGAGGUGUCCUAUCAGAUUGGCGAGAAGGGGCCAGUCAAGGUAUUGUAUGUCGAUGACAGCAAUGAAAGUGGAGCUACUAGUGGGGGGCUGGAUCUGGACAAGGAGAUCAAGAACAGUUUCAACCCCGACGCACAGGUCUUCAUGCCCAUCAACGAGCCUGUGAAUGGCACCUCUCCGGCCUCCAGCUCGCCCUCACCUCCCUUCGGCCACUCAGCAGCCGUCAGCCCCACCUUCAUGCCCCGCUCUACCCAGCCUUUAACCUUUACAACCGCCACCUUCGCCGCCACCAAGUUCGGCUCCACUAAGAUGAAGAGCAGUGGCCGCAGCAACAACAACGGUGGCAGUGCUGCUGGGAACAAAGUGGCGCGUACCUCCCCCACCAACCUGGGCCUGAAUGUGAACAGCCUCCUGAAACAGAAAGCCAUCUCAACCUCCAUGCACUCUCUGUAUGGGUUGGGCCUUGGAGCGCAGCAGCAGCAGCACCAGAAGCCCUCGGCCCUCUCCCCUAAUGCCAAGGAGUUUGUGUUCCCCAACCUUCAGGGUCAGGGCAGCGCGAGCGCUCUCUUCCCUGGGGACAGCUCGCUCAGCCUCAGCCCACUGCAGUACAGCAAUGCCUUCGACAUGUUUGCGGCCUACGGUGGCCUCAACGACAAGUCCCUUAUGGACGGCUUGAAUUUCAGCUUGAACAACAUGCAGUAUUCUAACCAGCAAUUCCAGCCAGUUAUGGCCAACUAGUACACAUAAAGGUACUACUUCUGCUACUACUACUACUACACACAGAAACGACCAGAGAUAUGUGAUAGGGGAAAACAUACAAACACAAAUGCACAUUUUGAAAAAUUGAAAAAAAAGAGGAAACAAGGACAGAAUGUCAAGGAAAAAAGGAAAAAAGUGACUUGUCAACUGUAAGAUCUAUGUUACGAGUCCAAGCGCAUGAGCCCGAGGGUGAAUUACUUUGCCCCCUUGAGUUAUUACCUUAUUUUUAUUUCUUUUUUUAAACAAUGAAGCUUGUAGUACAAGAUGUCCAAGCUUGGUUACCUAAACUUCAACAUGCAUCAUUGUUAUUUCUUUUGCCAACCAAGCACAAAAUAAUUUUUUAUGUGACUGUUUUAAGAUAUAUAAAAAAGAAGAAAAAAAAAAACACCACAAGUCAUGGCCUCUUUCAGUAUUUAAAACAUAACUGGACACCGCCAAUUUUUCAAGAAAUUGGCAUAAAUAAGUGGGAUUUCCUGGUCUUUUUUCUAAUUGUAUAAUUUAAUUUAGUACAGAGUUUGUAAAAUAUCAGAGUAUCUAUUGUUUCUACGACAUGGUAUUGCAUUUAUAUCUUUUUACUACUCCAGUGAUCCGUGAUGGCUGCAGCAACUUUAUGUUAUUUCUUUUUUUAUUGAAAUUAUAAAAUGAAUCCAUCUUAAAAAAAAAAAAAAAAGAAAAAAAAAAAACAUCGACAAUUCUAAAGAUUGUGUACAGAAUAUUCCG